AUGACUCGAAAAAGACCAGCUCUUGCAGAACCGGUUUCAUCUUCUCGAUCACGGGUAACGAGAAGAUCAACAACAGGUGCACCUUCUUCAAAAAAGAAGCGUUCACCUGAACCGGAAUCUGAUGCAGAUUCUGAAGAUGAUUACGAUGGCCCAUCGACAUCCCAAACCAAGAAAUUGAAGCGGGGAAAUUCAUCGACGAAUCGCGGAAAAGCAGCUAAUAAGACAAAACGAGGAUCUUUUCAAGUUAAACAAGAAAUCAUGGAUGACGAUGAAAAUGAGGAAAAAAUAGAUGGAGAAGUAGAGAAUGGUAUAACAUCCAGAGAACAUUCACCUGAUCCAUCUACGUUCAAAAAGACAGCGAAAUUACAAACUAAGAAGAAAAAGAAAAAAGAAAGCCCGCCGGAAACUCCACCAACAUCACCAAGUCCAUCACCAUCGCGUUCGGUGUCUCCGUCUACAACAAAAUCAGAUAUUUCUUCGAAAAAAGGACGCAAGGCUGUUGUAAAUUCAGUAUCAAAAGUGAAAAUCGAAAAAGAAUCUACACCAGUAAAAACGAAUGGAAGAAAUUUACCUCCUAAACGAAAAAAGAAGCCAGUUGAAGAAGAAACUGCAGAAGAAAUUAAACUUCGUGAACGAGCUGAACGUAAAGCGAGGAGGAUAGAAGAAGCUAAAAAUCGUCCGAAACUAACUAUUGAACAAAAACUGGCAAAACUUCGGAAGAAAAAAGAGCGAAGAGAACGGAGAAAAGAGCAAGAAAAGGAAGAAUCGAUGCGGCAGAAAUAUGGGCAACGAAAAAUCAAAGCAGAAGCCAGUAAAUGGAAUUUUGGUCCGAUAUCAUCGAUUAAUCAACGAAGGAGGGACGAAAUGAUGGCUUAUUUUCCAAAAGCGAAUUUUUUGGCCGAAGAUGGUGUACCAAAAGUGAUGAACAAUUUUCGAAGAGCAACAGUGAAAUAUAAUAUGGAAGUUUUGAAUCCAUUCAUUACGUGUGGAAUUUGUGAUGGCUACAUCGUAGAUGCAACAACAAUAAUUGAUUGUAUGCACACAUUCUGCAAGAGUUGUCUUCUAACAUAUUUUGAAUCGGAUAACAACACGUGUCCAACAUGUGGAACAUUUAUUCAUGGAUCUCAUCCAACUCAUUACGUGACUUAUGAUCGAGCAGUCAAUGAACUUGUCAAUCAAUUUGUGCCAAAAAUGGAGAACAACGAGUUGGACGUACGGAAAACGUUUCUAAGAGACUGCCGAGAAGCUCUAGGAAUUGAUACGGCAGCCGAAGAUCGCGAGAGAAAAGAACGACUGGAAAGAGAACGAAUAACUGGGACAAAUAGAUGUUAUCCAUUGGAAAGGCCUAGAUUCUCACAUCAUAGAGAUGAUUGUCAAGUGACUGUUAAUCUACUCCCCGGGACUGCUAAUCUACCUCUUAUCACUCGACCGUAUGUUCGGUGCAGUGAGAUGACUACUAUGAAUACUUUGAAAAAAUUCCUAUCUCUUCAAAUAUGGGACGAUCAGAGCCGGUAUUCUGAUUUAGACAUGUUUUGUGACGGACAACUCAUGGGAAAAGACUUUUCGGUUCGCUUUGUUUGGAUGAUGAAGCGCCGUGGUCAACCCAAAUCUGAACCACUUAUAAUUCGAUAUCAUAUGACGAGAACAUGAUCUUCUUCUAUCGAUUUCUUCUUUCUUCUGAACUUCUCAAGAACAAAUUCCCAGUUUUACCAUGUUUUAGUACUGUACCAUGUAUCUCUAUCUCUAUAUUUUGUCUCAUUUCCUAUGUUUUCAUAUUUAUUAACUGCAUUUUUUUUUCAAAAACAACCAAACCCCAAGAUGAAUAACACGUGUCUAAUU